CCGGCAAGUCCCAGGGAGAACGCAGAGCAAAGCAGUGAUGAAUGCUUUGAGUGAAUGCCUAACUUCAAUAACACCCCGGUCCCAUUUAGCCCUCAUUGGGCACUGGAAAAGCCUCUUUCACGUCGUUACAGCAGGCAUGAGGGGAAAGGAGGCACUUGCACUUCUUUCGCUCGUGGACAUAAGGCCAUCUUUAAGAGAGCUUUAGGGACUCACUCGGCUAGGCAGGCUGCAUGCACUGGAAAAGGCGUCAACAGUGUCUCUAGCGCCUCUGACUUGUCCGACUGCACCUCCGUCGUGAUUGAAGCUUUCACUGUACCAUCGGGGAAAACUAUAACUAUUAAAGCAGCGCCGGGCGCGGUCAUCUCACAGAAUGGUGAUAUCACAUUCGCUAGACGACAGGCUAGUCGCGGUAUUUACAAUCCGAAGUACCUUGAGGCAGUGGAAACUGUUGGGGAUCAACGUGUAUCUACGGGGCCUUGACGCGACCACCAACAAACGGUUGCUGUUAUAUGUAUUCUAUUUUGUUGCCCCGCGGCCGCGUUUGUAGUGGCGGUGCGGCUUUCCCGACGGAUUACAUCAUGAGGGGUUCAUCAGCACUGUCUCGUUGGUAGGAUUGGGGGUAAUGUUUGUGCCGACAAUUUUGGUCUACUCUCAUCUGGUUCGACUCCGGCUCAAUGCUGGCACAACUCUACGAUGUUCUGUAGGAACCACGUUGAGCAUAGGGACUUUUGUACUGUGAUAUCUUGUACAGUAAUCCAU